AUGGCUAAUCCUCCUUCUACCUCCAAUCCUCCUUCUACAUCUAAUCCCCCUUCUAUUUCAUCUUCCAUUGAACCUACAAACAACCCUGCUAGCAUUUACUACCUUCAUCCUUCUGAUAACAAGUUAACAUUUGUUGAUGGCGGAACCACCAAACCCUCCAAAGACUCCACUGAUCUUCAUGCUUGGAAGAGGGUGAAUGAUGUUAUAAGCUGGCUAUUAUCUUCUCUUGAACCUAGCAUUGCCAAAAGUGUACAAUGGCACAAGAUUGCCAAAGACAUAUGGGAUGAACUUCAAGAACGAUAUGGGUGUUCUUCUAGUGCUCAAUUAUAUUGCUUACAGGAGGAACUUAGUCAGUUGACCCAAGAUUCUACGAUGUCCAUUGCUGAUUUUUACACUAAAUUCAAAACCAUAAGGGAUGAAAUUGAUCAUCUCAAUCCCCUACCCACUUGUACAUGUGAGGAAUGUUCUUGUACCCUUACUCAGAAGUUUUAUAAAAUUCAACAACACCAAGGACUUACUCAAUUUCUUAUGACAUUGGACCCCAAAUACACUCAGGUUCAUAGCACUAUCCUCAUGAUGCCUGAGAAACCUUACUAUGACAAGUCCAAAAUCCCUUCAAGAUUAGACAAGAUGAAGAUUUCAGGUUCUAAACGUCCUGGCUCAUAUUAUUGUGACCAUUGCAAAGUUUAUGGUCAUAGUCUUGAAUGUUGCUGGAAGGAGACAACAUGGGACUGCACAUACUCACAAGGGGAUUCAGACCCUGAAGAUGAUACUUUGAUCACCACUAAACUUACCCACAUUCAAUACAAACAUCUCCUCAGUAUGCUUAACAAAGAGGCCAAUCCUUCUCUUGGUGAUUCCACAGCUCUCUUGGCAGGUAUAUCUUGCUUCACUGCCCUUCAUGAUAGUUCUUGGAUUCUUUAUAGUGGUGCUUCAGACCACAUGACCCAUGAUCUACACCUUUUUCAUUCUUAUACUCCUGUCCGUGGCACAAAUCAUGUUAUUACCAUUCCAGAUGGUAGAAAGGUCCAUGUACAAUGCGUUGACACUGUCUUACUUAAUAAUGGUGUUGCAUUACAAGACAUUUUUUACUUUCCUGAUUUCCAUUAUAACCUUAUUUCUAACAGUAAACUUUGUCAAGAUCUGUCAUGCAAAGUUUUAUUCACACACUCUGCUUGUUUUGUUUAA